AUGGGCUGGUUUUGGGCUGACUCAGGUAAAAAUUCGACAAGCGGAAACAAGAUCACCGAUAAACCCUCGGAGUGUCCGUUAGGCCAUUCUACGUCAAAGGUAACCUCCGGUGCGGAUGGCUGUCCUGUACUACAUGGUUCAAAUGCACAGAACGAAAUAAACCCCUUCAACAACAUGCCCAAGAACUUGUCGCAUGAGAAACAUAUCGGGCAAAAGUUAGAGCUGCCCAAAGAUCGCACAACGAGCUCCAUACCAAAGGGAAACCCCGGCGAAGAAGAGUUCUGGGAAUAUCCGUCUCCUCAGCAGAUGUAUAACGCUAUGAUCCGGAAGGGAAAGAUCGACCCUAACACGGGCGAGGAGAUACCGGAAGAUGCCGUUGAGUCGAUGGUAUUCGUACACAACUUUCUGAACGAGGGUUGCUGGCAGGAGAUUUUGGACUGGGAGAAAAAGUACUCAGAGCAGACUGAGAUGGAGCCAAAGCUACUACAGUUUAUGGGAAAACCGUCACAGCUUUCUCCGCGUGCACGCUGUUUCAGCAUUCUGGGUACGCUCUUCCCAUCGAAGUUCUCAGCGGAGCUUCCCUUUGACAGGCACGACUGGGUGGUUUUAAGGCCCGAUCCCACCUCCUCAGACACAAAGAAUCCUGGAUUUAGACAAGUUCGCUACGUUAUUGACUUUUACGGCGGUCCAGAUGACGAAGACGGUCUCCCAACCUUCAACCUCGACGUUCGUCCGGCGUUGGACAACUUUACCAAUGCUAAGGACAGGUUCACUCGUUGGACGGAGCCCAUCAUCCAAGAGUAUUUUGGUAGUGACAAGAAGUGA